UGCCAGCAGCGAUGGUUCAAUUCCCAUGCUGGCUGAGGUUACCAUGAAGGAUUUUCUUCCUCGACCUCUUAUCCCACCUGAGGCAUGGUAACCCUCAGGUUAAACCACCACCAGUUAUGUCUCUAUUGAGAGAAGAGCCCCACAGUCUGGAAAAACUAAGGUGACUUUAUACCCAGGUUGAGGGAGUGGGCAAAACAUGACAGUUGGAUUAUAGUGUUGGGAAGUGUGAACUUAUUCACUUUGAAAGGAAAAAUGAAAGGCGUAAUACAUUACAAACGCUGGAAUAUUCAUAUCCCAUAUGUCCACAUGAACCACAGAAGAUAAAACUGUGCAGCUGAAAUCAGGUCGAAGUCUGAUGGACUGGAUCCGUCUAACAAAGAGUGGACAGGAUAUGACCGGAUUGUGUGGGAGGCUUAUUGUGGUAACGGAGGAAGAACUUGCUAAACACAAUAAGAAGACUGACUGCUGGAUGUGUAUCAGAGGCAUGGUUUACAAUGUGACACCAUAUUUGGAAUAUCACCCUGGAGGAGAGGAGGAGCUCAUGAGAGGUGCAGGAGCUGAUGGAACAGUAUUAUUUGAUCAGAUUCAUAGCUGGGUCAACUACGAGUCUAUGCUGAAAGAAUGCCUUGUAGGAAGAAUGGCUUCAAGACCUAAAGCUGUGGCUGAAGUUUUUGAAAAUCAGUCUGGUUUAAAAGCGCCAAAGCAGAAGUUACUAAAUGGUACAAGUGUUCCAGAUAGGUUUGAAAAACAAUCAAAAAAUAUCCCCCUGAGACAUGAAUGGUUUCAAACAGAGGAUGCAAUUACAGUUGUUAUAUACACCAAACAAAAGGAUACCAACUCGGAUUCCAUAAUUGUAGACUUGGAAGGUGGUGUGCUGAGAACAGAAGUUCGUCAACCAGAAUAUUCCUAUAUCCUUCACCUGGAACUAAGUCAUGAAGUCCAAGAGGUAAUUUCUGUUCACUGUACCAGUAAGGUGGGAAAAAUAGAACUGAAUUUGAAAAAGCGUAACAGUAUAGUUUGGAGUAAUCUUGGACGUCCUCAGGAGCUUCAUAACUCAUACAAAAGAAAGAGCGAACAAGGUCUUUUUUACAGGAAAUGCACCCUACUGUCAAAGAUGGAUGUGUCACAUGACACUAGAUUAUUGUGCUUUCAGCUACCUGUUGGGUGUUAUUUGACAAUACCGAUUGGACAGCACAUCUAUCUCAAAAGUAACAUUCAAGAUGCCGAAGUAGUUAGGCCCUAUACACCUGUGCUGCCAACCUUGUAUGUAGAACCAAAAGAUGAUGGUUGUACUUGUACUUGUAUCUACUUAAUGGUCAAAAUCUACCCUGAUGGAUUGCUAACACCUCUUAUUGACAAGCUUCAAAUCGGAGACUGUAUAUCUGUGAGUAGCCCAGAAGGUAACUUCAAACACUCACAACUUGAAGGAAUAACUGAGCUCAUCCUAUUGGCUGCUGGUACAGGCUUCACUCCAAUGAUCAAACUUAUAAACCUCGCUUUGAAAAUUCCUUCUUUCAGGAAAGUACAAUUGAUGUUCUUCAACAAGACAGAAAAGGAUAUAUUGUGGAGGGAUCAAUUAGACCAGUUAGCCUUAAAAGACAAAAGGUUUAAGGUUGAAUAUAUCCUCUCAGAGCCUCACUCCGAAUGGAUGGGGAAACGUGGAAAGAUUGAGAUGUCCCUUUGUUCAGAAUAUUUGACAGAGCAUGCUGAAGAGUUGAAAACACUUGUGUGUAUUUGUGGUCCAACUUCCUUCACUGAGCAAGCUGUUGGUUUCUGCAAACAGUUAGGAUUUAAAAAUGAAGAAAUUCAUGCUUUCAAUGGUUAACAUCCAGGAAUAUCAGCAACAAUUUUGCACUGGUAAAAAGUCAUUUUUGAUACAAAUAAAAACCUGCUGAGCAGGUUCUGUUAAAAAUUAUUAAAAUAUUGUUGGCACACUGCGCUAUGCAUAUCUCCUGCCUUAGUAUUGGUUUGUGUGCUGUAUUUGAUAUAAUUAUUGUAAAUGCAUUAACUUUUUUUUUUAAAAAGGACUUGCACAUAUAAUUUAUACCCAUGAGGAUGAUGUUCGAUACUCUUGAAAGGCUUACAUUUUUGCCCUGUAUUAUGUUAAAUGUGCAAGUAGGUUUUUACCAAUUGUACCACCAGUAACUAAAGACUAGUAGGAUGCAAUAUGAUGCAGUAUUCUGUGGCCUAAGACAGAUUUCUACUGUAUUUUGGGAAAGGAAAACUACUGACAAGUGGGUUAUAUUUUAUGGAAGAUUUAUAUCAGAAUGUUCCCAACUGAGCCUGGACUGUGCACUGAUAUCCAAAUCUUGUACUGCGGGCUAUAUAAAGUAUCUCUCAAAUGAACUAUUCAAAUGUCAUUUCUUGAAAGAUUAUAAUCUGAAAACUUAAAGUACAAUAAAAUAUUUAUGCAAACCUGAA